AUGUCUGCCGCCGCCGCCGCCUGCGUCUCGUCCUCGGCCAAAGUCGCCGUAAAGCCCUCUCUCUCCUCCAGAUCGGCUCUACCAUCUGCCAUUUCUGUACCUUUCAACUCUCGUAGCCGCGAUAUUCCUCGGAGACGGUUAAUCCUCGUGACGUGCACCGCCGGAGAUGGAGCCAAACCGACCGUUCUCGUUGCUGAGAAGCUCGGUGAGGCUGGGGUUAAGCUCCUUGAGAACUUCACAAAUGUCGAUUGUUCAUAUAAUUUGACGCCGGAAGAGCUGAACACGAAGAUCUCGCUCUGUGAUGCGUUGAUCGUUCGGAGUGGAACGAAAGUAGGACGCGAGGUGUUUGAGUCGUCUCGCGGACGGUUGAAGGUUGUUGGGCGCGCUGGUGUUGGAAUCGAUAACGUGGAUCUGAGCGCCGCCACGGAGUUUGGUUGUUUGGUGGUUAACGCUCCGACCGCGAAUACGAUCGCCGCCGCUGAACAUGGGAUCGCGCUUUUAGCGUCCAUGGCUAGGAACGUUUCUCAAGCUGAUGCUUCUGUUAAAGCUGGGGAGUGGAAAAGGAACAAGUAUGUUGGUGUUUCACUUGUGGGGAAGACACUUGCUGUGAUGGGUUUUGGGAAAGUUGGAUCAGAAGUUGCUCGACGUGCCAAGGGACUUGGUAUGCGUGUCAUUGCUCAUGAUCCUUAUGCCCCUGCAGACCGUGCUCAUGCUAUUGGUGUCGACUUAGUGAGCUUUGAUGAAGCCCUCGGGACUGCGGAUUUCAUUUCCUUACACAUGCCUCUUACACCGGCAACAUCGAAGAUGCUCAACGAUGAAACCUUUGCAAAGAUGAAAAAAGGAGUUCGAAUAGUCAAUGUGGCUCGUGGAGGUGUCAUUGAUGAAGACGCACUAGUGAGAGCUUUAGAUGCUGGCAUUGUUGCUCAGGCUGCUCUUGAUGUUUUCACUAAGGAGCCACCGGCAAAGGACAGUAAGCUGGUGCAGCACGAGAGGGUCACUGUGACACCUCAUCUUGGAGCAAGUACCAUGGAGGCACAGGAAGGAGUUGCAAUUGAGAUUGCACAAGCUGUUGUUGGAGCUCUUAACGGAGAGCUUGCUUCUACUGCUGUCAAUGCACCUAUGGUUCCUGCUGAGGUUCUCGCGGAGCUGAAACCUUAUGUUGUACUGGCGGAGCAACUGGGAAGGCUGGCUGUACAGCUGGUGGCUGGAGGAAGCGGUGUGAAGAACAUGAAAGUGACAUAUGCCUCGGCUCGAGCCACUGACGAUCUUGACACCAGACUUCUCAGAGCCAUGAUUACAAAGGGUAUCAUAGAGCCGAUCUCAGAUGUGUAUGUAAACUUGGUUAACGCGGAUUACACAGCCAAACAGAGAGGUCUGAGAAUCUCAGAGGAACGUGUUGCCCUUGACGGAUCACCAGAGAACCCGCUUGAGACCAUCACAGUUCAGCUGGGAAACGUCGAGUCUAAAUUUGCCAGCGCCUUGUCUGAAUCUGGGGAGGUCAAAGUUCAAGGAAUGGUUAAAGAUGGGGUUCCACAUUUGACGAAGGUGGGAUCUUUUGAAGUAGAUGUAAGUUUGGAAGGAAGUAUUAUACUGUGUAGGCAGGUGGAUCAGCCGGGCAUGAUUGGGACGGUUGGUAGAAUCUUGGGAGAGUCGAAUGUUAAUGUCAGUUUCAUGAGUGUUGGGAGAAUCGCGCCGAGGAAGCAAGCGGUUAUGGCGAUUGGUGUAGACGACAUGCCGAGCAAAGAGACUCUAAAGAAAAUUGGAGAAAUUCCAGCUGUGGAAGAGUUUGUGUUCCUCAAGCUAUAG